AUGGAUAAAAAAAACAAUUUGGAUAAAAUUUUGGUAAAAGGACAACCGAGCCACACGUCUUCUGAACACCAGUUUACUCUGGAAAGAGUUGUUGCUCUGGUAAGUGGUAAAAAUGUCGGAAUGAGUAAUAGUUUCGAAGUGUAUUGCGAAGUAGAGGGUCGAAAAUUAAAAGUGCUGGUUAGUGAAAUUCAUACUAUUCCCAAGGAUAGAUUUUUCGGCCGAGCAAUAUAUUUAGGAAAAAUGAAAAAGGAGCAGCGAGAAGAAGUUAUAUCCAUGUUGAGCGAAAAAACUAUUGUGGCUUUGGUAACGUCCCCCAUUACUCAAAACAUCGCCUUAAUUCGCUUAUCUGGACCGCAAACUUAUUCAAUAAUUAGUCAAAUUUUUGAUCGUACUCUGCCAGAAUAUCCUCAAAAAAAGUCGCAAUUAAUUUUUGGUAAAAUUACUAACUCUCAACAAGAAACUAUUGAUGAAGUAUUGUUGCUCUGUUUUUAUAAACCAAGUUCAUUUACCGGUGAAGACGUGAUAGAAAUUAGUUGUCAUGGCAAUUUAUUCAUUGUUAAUCAAAUAUUACAAUUGGUCCUAGCAAAAGGUGCUGAGUUAGCCCAAGAAGGUGAAUUCACCAAACAAGCUUUUUUUAAUGGUAAAUUGAAUUUAGUUCAGGCCAACGCCAUCAAUGAUUUAAUCCGUGCUCCUAGUUUAGCCGGAGCCAAAUUGGCUCUCCAUAAUUUAAGUUCUGAAACCCAACAAGAAUUAGAGAUUAUUGAAAAUGAGUUACUCGAUAUUAUUGCCACUAUCAAAGUAAAUAUUGAUUACCCUGAAUAUGAUGGAGUAGAAUAUUUAACUGGUAAAAAAGUUCUUCCGCGGUUAAAUAAACUGUUGGAAAAAUUGUUAACAAUGAAAAAGGAUGGUCAAAAAGCCCAUGUCUAUCAAGAAGGACUAAAAGUAGCCAUUGUGGGAAAGCCCAAUGUUGGUAAAUCUACUCUUUUGAAUGCUUUACUGCAAGAAGAAAAAGCAAUAGUUUCUCCGAUUGCAGGAACUACUCGUGAUAUAAUAGAAGCACAUUACAAUUUGAAUGAAAUCCCCUUAAUUUUGUUGGAUACAGCUGGUAUUCAUGAAACUUCUGACCUAGUGGAAAAAAUUGGAGUAGAGCGAAGUUAUCGAGCCUUAGAGCAAGCCGAAAUUAUUUUUUUUUUAGUGGAUAACUCCCAUGAACAGACUAAAUUGACUCUUCCUUCUGAUAUUUCUUCAGCAAAAAUUUGUCGUAUUAGUGCCAAAAAUAGACAAUUAAGCGAAUUAGAAACUAAAAUUAACGAAUUAUUUGCCAAAUCAGUAAUCAAAGAGUUAAAAAAAGAAGCUUAUCUAGAUGCGAUCUGCAGCGAUUUAGAAGUGAGUUACAAAUUAGUAAAGGAAUUGAGUGGCAAAGAAUAUAAUGAAGAUUUAUUAGACAUCAUUUUUACAUCCAAAGUGGAACUUUCAAUCCGACUAGCCCCUAAGGUUCGUAAAUAA